AUGGCAGCAGCUCUAUCAAACAUCUUGCAUCCUGACCACUCCACCCCAAUGUCUUCCGCAAUGCCAAUUUUCGCACGAAAUUUGUACGACAUGGGCCACGAACAACGUUCGAUUCCGUCCGUCGUUAGUCCAUUACCUACCAAUUCAGGUUCAAAGAAAAGACCGCACGCUGCUGUUGACAAGUCGAAUGCUCCUCGUCCCUACAAAUGCACCAUGUGUCCCAAGGCGUUCUACAGGUUGGAGCACCAGACUCGUCACAUUCGAACUCAUACCGGCGAGAAGCCUCACAGGUGUGAUUUUCCAGGUUGUGAAAAAAGGUUCUCGAGAUCCGACGAGCUGACACGUCACAAGCGUACCCACCUGAAUAGGGAUAAACGCAAACCGUCGCAACAACGGUCGACCGUGGAGUUCAAAAAUCGACCCGUUCAACUUGACCUGCGUCAACCGUUCGAAGACGACGAUGAUCCGAUCCUUCCUGAACACUUCCGUUCUCGUAGCAACAGCAACAGUUCCACGAUAAGUUCAUCCAGUUGUUCUAGCACCGGUUCUGCUUCCUCCUCCGGCGGAAGCUUCGCGAUGCACCAGCACCAAGCGUACUUGGCUCAACCCAUGGUUGGAUACGCUCGUCACCUCCAGGACUUUUUUUUGGAACCGAGUAGCAAGAGAGUUCGUGGCAACGAGGACGACUGCAUGUUGAGCCCUCCAUUGACUGCGGUCUCUGAAGGUCUUUCUCCUCCAAUGUGCCAUGACACCGGUUUAGAUGAGGAUGAUAUCCCACUCGUCACCCCCAAUCAUUCCCCUGACCAAUCCCCUUCACUCGGUCCUCACAUAGUAGGCCCUGACGGUUUCGCCUCGGCCUCUAUUAAUUCUGGCCUCGUUUCAAAUUUCUACAUCAAUUGUCCUGGUCAAUGGAAGGAUAUGCCUGGUUACGGUUUUCCCGCGCCAAAUCGUAUCAGCGAUAUCGUCAACGAUCCAACCUUCUCACCGAGGGUUCGAACCUUGCCCCCGCUCACCAGUAAUAACACGUUGUCAUCGACUGUCGCUUCCAACACCUGCUCCGUCAAUAAUUCUAACUUUGGCGCUUACUAUGGCACGAACUUCUUUGACUGUGGUCGGUCUUCUUUUGGACCUGUUCACAGUUUACCACCGGUCAGAUCCCUGGCCUACAUGGAGUAA